AUGCUGACGACGAAAGCGAAGAUGAAGCUGCUGAGGUCAAGUAUCGUCGAGUGCAGUAGCGGGCAUUUAGUGGCUGUACUGUUCACAGUGCUUUUGCCACUGGUCCGGGCGCAGGAUUACGAUGUAACGGACAUCCAGUGUUCGUUUGCAUCGCAGGGCUCCAACCUGGGGGAUAUCAUCACGGCGAGGCUGAAGAAACCGAUCGGCUUCAAGGGGGCACCCCUAUUCGCCGACGACCGGGGCGUGAUUCCGGAAACGGACUUUGCCUGCUCGAUCAAGCACGAUCGUAAAGACGUGAGCGAACUGGCGUACGAUCUGAAGAUUACCGAUUUCUCACGGUGCGGUGUGCUGAAGCGGAAUGGGUUCGUCCACGUCCGCAUCUGGUUCCCGCAGUUUCCGUCGGUCGUCAUGCAAUCCGAUCAGGAACUGAUCAUCAUGUGCAAACCACCGGAACCGACCGUUAUCCAGAACAAGGCCGCCGGAUUCGCGGGAAGCUUUCCACAUGGGGCACGGGUGUCUGGUGUGGUCGAGGAAACACCCGGUCGGCUCGAGUACGAGGUGGCACUGUACAAGGAGGCCCCUCCGAUUGCCCGUAUCAGCGGUAAUCUGGCAGGGCUGAAAAACCACUCCUCGUCAUCCUCACUUCCGGCGGUGACCAACAAUGAGGUGCCGGUAGAUCAGGCGGUCCCAAUCGGUACCAAGCUGCAGCUGCGGGCUCGCAUCAGCUCGCAGAGCGUCUGGAAGUACGUCAAGCUGAUGGAGGUCACCGUGUCGCCGGAUCCAGAUGAUCCGCAUGCGCACGGUUCGGUGUCGUUGGUACGCGAUGGUUGUCGGAACAGGGACUUUGCCUCGAUCAUUCCGCACCAGCCGGCCCGUUACCGCGACAAACCGAAUGAGGUGUUCCUCGACUUCGAGGCGUUCCUGCUGAGCUCGAUGAAGGAACGGAGCACGCUAUGGAUCCACUCGCAGAUUAAGGCCUGCAUGGAUGCGAUGGACUGCCAACCGGACUUUUGUCUGGACAUGUACGAACCGUCCAAGAGACUUGGCAGAAGACGACGGGAGUCGAGUCCACGCAACCGCACGGAGUACACUAAAUUUAAGGAAAACAUUGAAUACACGGUCAUCAUGCCAGGCGAGUACGACGACGCCAUGCGGUAUCAACAAAGCCCCGAGCAGUGCAAGAACUUCGUCGUGAUCUCCGGACUACUAGCGGCUUUGUUAGCGCUCUCAACAAUAAUCACAUGUGGCUUGGCAUCGCGUCUCCAAGGGAACGGCAAGAAGACCAUCGACGAGUUGAAUGCCAAAGGAUAUUCUGGCCGGGCGAUAGUGCAGUAA